CUGAGUGCAAGAGUUUUGGCCACAUCAGCUUCUUUACCCACUCUGGCGUAAGGAUCUGUUAGUAUACAUUCAAGUUAUAACUAAGGAGCCGGUUCACGUGGAUCUGUAUUAUUUCAGAACUACAGUUCAUAGACGUGCCACGAGUUUUUCGUUUAUUGAAACAUUGUUCGAUUAAUAGUUUGUUACAUGUUUUAAAUAUGUCUCAACCACAACAGACGCAACCUCCAGCAGCUCAGCGUGGAAUUGUGAAACAAGUACUAUCUGGAGAUGCUAUUAUAAUUCGAGGUCAGCCAAGAGGAGGACCACCACCAGAGAAACAGCUAAAUUUGUCCUAUAUCAAUGCACCCAAGCUAGCUCGUCGGGGUAAUCCUAAUGUGGAAUCGUCUCAAGAGACUAAGGAUGAGCCUUAUGCAUGGGAAGCAAGAGAAUUUCUGAGAAAAAAACUCAUUGGAAAGGAAGUUUGCUUUACUAUUGAGUACAAAGUUCCCAACUCUACAAGAGAAUAUGGCUUGGUUUUUGUUGGAAAAGAUACUUCUGGUGAGAACAUAGUUGAAUCUGUAGUUGCUGAGGGUCUUGCUGAAGUGCGGAGAACAGGCGUAAAACCUUCUGAUAUUCAACAGAAACUCUGUGAACUUGAAGAUGCAGCAAAGGCUGCAGGAAAAGGAAAAUGGAGUACUGAUCCAUCUCACAAUCAUGUGAGAGACUUAAAGUACACAGUAGAGAACCCCCGGAACUUCAUUGAUUCCCUCCAUCAGAAACCUGUGAAUGCUAUUAUUGAACACGUUCGGGAUGGAAGUACACUUCGAGUUCUUCUACUGCCAGACUACUAUCAAUUGACUGUUAUGAUAUCUGGAAUUAGAUGCCCUACGUUCAAAAUGGGAGAAGAUGGACAGUCACAAGUUGCAGAAUCUUUUGCUGAUGAAGCUAAGUUUUUUACUGAAUGUCGUCUUCUUCAACGAGAGGUGGAGGUGAUCCUUGAAUCUGUUUCCAAUCAGAACUUUUUAGGAAGCAUUCUACAUCCAAAUGGGAAUAUUGCAGAAUUAUUGCUCAAAGAAGGGUUUGCUCGCUGUGUUGACUGGAGUAUAACAGUUGUGACAGGAGGGCCUGAUAAGCUACGAGCAGCAGAAAGGUCAGCUAAGGAUUCGAGGCUGAGAAUAUGGAGAGACUACACCCCUAGUGGACCAGCUAUUGACUCCAAGGACAAAGAGUUCUCUGGCAAAGUUGUAGAGGUUGUGAAUGCUGAUUCUCUUGUAAUAAAACUCAGCAGUGGAUCAUUGAUGAAAGUUUUUCUUUCUAGCAUAAAGCCUCCACGACUUUCUGAGGAUAAACAAAAUGAAAUUCAGAAGGACAAUAAAGGCCGAUCAUUUAGGCCCUUGUAUGAUAUUCCUUACAUGUACGAGGCUCGAGAGUUUCUCAGGAAAAAACUUAUUGGAAAGAAAGUGAAUGUAUCUAAGGAUUACAUUCAACCAGCAUCAAAUUCUUUUCCAGAGAAAGUUUGCUGUACUGUCACUGUUGGAGGACAAAAUGUGGCAGAGGCUCUGAUCAGCAAAGGCUUAGCCACAGUGAUUCGAUAUCGACAAGAUGAUGAUCAGAGAUCAACACACUAUGAUGAACUUCUGGCUGCAGAGAUGAAGGCCCAGAAAUCGGGAAAAGGGCUUCAUAGCAAAAAGGAAACACCAGUUCAUCGUGUGGUAGACUUGUCUGGAGAUUUAUCAAAAUCUAAACAAUUUUUCCCCUUUUUGCAACGAGCUGGCAGGAUGGAAGGGGUGGUUGAGUUUGUGGCUAGUGGAUCAAGAUUACGGAUCUUUGUUUCAAGGGAAAAUUGUCUCAUUACAUUCUUAUUAGGAGGUAUCAGUUGUCCACGUGGUCCUAGACCUGCACCAGGAGGAAUCAUGAUAGAGGGAGAACCGUGGGGAGAAGAAGCUCACAAAUUUACCAAGGAAUUGUGUCAUCAAAGAGAAGUUGAAAUUGAAGUUGAAACCAUGGACAAAGCUGGAAACUUUAUUGGGUGGUUGUGGAUUGAUAAUACUAAUUUGUCUGUGGCAUUAGUUCAAGAAGGACUAGCCUCUGUCCACUUUACUGCUGAGCGCAGUCAGCAUUACAAUGCACUAAAGAUAGCUGAAGAUGCUGCCAAAGCAAGAGGAGGUAAGAUUUGGACAGGAUUUGAAGAAACAAAAGAGGAGGAGGAGAAAAAGGAAGAUAACGUUGAGAGGAAGAUCAACUACAAAUCUAUCAUCAUCACUGAAGUCCGACCAAAUCUGACUUUUUAUGCACAACAUGUGGAUGAAGGUCCACGACUCGAAGAAAUGAUGGCUAAGCUGCGAGAAGAGUUGGCUUCUAACCCUCCCCUUCCUGGUUCUUUUACACCCAAGAAAGGUGUUCUGUGUGCUUCCAUGUUUGUGGACGAUGAGUGGUAUAGAGCUCGUGUAGAGAAAGUGGCUGGAAACACCGUUAAUGUCUUUUAUAUAGACUUUGGAAACAGAGAAGUGACAGACCCUACAAGACUGGCUAUGCUUCCCUCAGCAUAUCAAGGUGUUUCUCCUGCAGCACAUGAGUAUGGACUAGCCUGUGUCACUAUGCCAGAAGAUGUAAGAAU